AUUCAAAAGCUCCCUUUUGAUUGAUAAAUUGAUUUUUCUCCGACGGUGUUGGCUCCUUCUUUUAUCAACUUCCCCUUUGACCAGUCAAUUUCUUCCUUCUUUUUUUCUUCUCUUUCUCCGUUUCCAUACUCUCUCUGGUUUCAUUCCCAUUCCAUUUUUAACUAUAUCUUCUAAUGUCUGAUUUGCAGGAAUUCUUAUGGGGAUUUUCCAUUUUUUCUCUGCUUUUUUGUUCUCUACGGGGCUUGACCAAAGCCCUUCCAAUGGCCCUCUCUCUCUAUUCUCCUUCUUCCCCUGUAUUUCCUCCUCCUACUUCCUGGGUUAGGCAUAUUCUCCUCGGAACUAAGACAACAUCGCCGCUGCCAGACGAUUCCUCUGCAGUUCUCGAUGCCCAAGAAAAUACUCUGCUGCCGCCCAACCAGACGUCUCAGAACCGGGAUGAUGACAAACCACAGGAGGAGAAGAAGAGCCUUCGUGACGAGAAGUUUAAGGAAGGCUCGGAUUCUUCAACAAUGGCAAAGGGCUCUGGGGCUCCUAACAAGUUGAGGAAGAGACCUGGAAGGCUGGUGGUGCCGGAAUAUUGUCCUGGAUUGGAAUUUACGAAACUGAGGAAGAAAAUGGAGAAUCAGGAAUUCCAAGUCCAAGGGAGGGAUUACUGUUUGGCAACCAAGAAAGGAAGGCGAGAAACGUUGGAAGAUGCCUACAUAGUUUUGCUUGAUGUGUUGGGAGAUUCCAAACAGGCUUUCUUCGCUGUAGUGGACGGCCAUGGCGGUCGCGAUGCAGCCGACUACGUGGUCGAAAAUUUAGGGAAGAACAUCAUAAACGCUCUUGAAAAAAUUGCUGAGGACGAAGAAAACGCAAUCGAAUUGGCGAUUCGUAGAGGCCACGGACGCACAGACGAAGAGUUUCUUAGUCAGGGCGUUGGGAGUGGAGCCUGUGCGGCGAGCGUGCUGGUGAAGGACGGCGAGCUUCAUGUGGCCAACGUCGGAGAUUGUCGAGUGGUAUUGAGCCGAAACGGCGUAGCGACGGCAUUGACGAAGCAACACCGUGUGUGUCGAGAAGACGAGCGCCUCCGGAUUGAGAAGUCGGGGGGAUUUGUGGAGUGCAAAAACGGAGUGUGGAGAGUUCAGGGUUCGCUGGCGGUGUCGAGGGCCAUAGGAGACGUGCAUUUGAAAGAAUGGGUGAUUUCAGAGCCUGAAAUCCGUCGUCUGCCUCUAACUCCUGAUUGCGAGUUCUUGAUAAUGGCGUCUGAUGGACUGUGGGAUAAGGUAAAAGAUCAGGAGGCAGUGGAUGAAGUGAUGAGGGAAAUGGGAAGGAAGGAUAAUGAUGGCAUGAACGCAUGCAAAAGGCUGAUGGAAAUGUCAUUCAGAAGGGGGAACAUGGACGAUGUUACAGUGAUGGUGGUUCAUCUUCAGCACUUCAUCAUUUCCACCAUCUAAUACUAUACAUUCAAGAAGCCUAAGCUUAAGCCAACAACAUAAAGCUAGUAGUAGGGGGGGCAUCUCCUUUUCUUCUUCUGCAAUCACCAUUCAUUCUUUUUCGAAUUAGAGCUUAAGUUUCAUUUCUGUCUACAAUUUUGUAGCAACAUCACAACACAACACCACCACCACACAUUACCCUUUUCCUUUUCCUUUUCCUUUUUGCUGGACUGUACAUAACAAUACUCGAUGAUGCUACCAUUGCCAGUUCCAAAUGGGUGUGUUCUUAUC